AUGCUUAGAAGGGCACCAUCAACACAGCGACCAGGUGAUCCUCAAGUGACUUCCGCCACCGGGGGAGGAUUCGGUUUAGUGACUUUCAAAGCAUUCAAACCACCUUCUACAGCGGCACCGAAAAGAGAAACGGCUUUACCCGCACGAAAGAGGAAAGCCGUGUCAUAUAAAGGUCAAGGUGGUGGGAAUGACAGCGAUUCAGAUGAAGAUGGGAAACCAUCAGCUGCUAAGAAAGGUAGAUUUGCAAUGGGAAAUAAAGAAUAUGGUGAAGAUGGUGUUUUAGGUGAUAUGGCAAAAUGGUGUAACAGGAAAUUCCCUGUUUUCAAACCGAAAGAAAAAGAUACAGUAUUCACUAAGAGCUUUACAAUACCAGUCAUGUUCCUUCCCAAAUCAUCAGAACCCAUAGUACACACACUUUCCCAUGCCUCUCUAGGUGCUCGACGUCAUCCUACUCUUACGCCGAGGCCGUUACAUGAUCCAAUGUCAGAUCAUGCCAUUGUUCUCUUCGAUCCUACUAUAGAUGAUAGACCUGCUCCGGAAGAGAUCGAAGCAGAGAAGGAAGAAGCAGAAUUGAGAAAGAAAGAUGAGGAGGCCAGAGGUCCCCAUAAAUCUCUCAGAGCUAUCUUGGGUAUAGUAGAUGUGAAGAAAGACAAAAAGGAGGUCAAGGUACCAGUGGUCAUAGAUCCUAGAUUAUCUAAGGUGCUCAGACCACAUCAAAUCGAAGGAGUCAAGUUCUUGUAUCGAUGCACCACGGGACUAUUGGCUUCAAACGCUUGGGGAUGCAUCAUGGCAGACGAAAUGGGUCUUGGUAAAACACUACAAUGUAUCGCCCUCCUGUGGACACUUCUCAAACAAUCACCUAUUGCUGGCAAAGCGACAUGUGAGAAAGUCAUCAUUGCUUGUCCUACUUCUCUAGUCGGCAACUGGGCAAAUGAACUGGUGAAAUGGCUCGGUCCAGGUGCUAUCAACCCAAUGGUGGUGGAUGGUAAAGGUGGAAAGGCAGAAUUGAUCCCAGCUGUAAGAAGAUGGGUUCAGGCUCAUGGAAGAAACGUCACACUUCCUGUCAUGAUCGUGUCGUAUGAAACCCUUCGAACACUUCAAGAAGAAUUAGCAAAUUGUGAAAUUGGUUUACUUCUGGCAGAUGAAGGUCAUCGAUUGAAAAACGCGGACACUCUGACAUUCCAAGCUUUAACACAAUUGAACGUCCAACGUCGAGUCAUUUUGACUGGUACUCCAAUUCAAAACGAUUUAUCGGAAUAUUUCGCUUUACUCAACUUCGCCAAUCCCGAAUAUCUAGGAUCUAAAGGUGACUUCAAAAAGAACUUUGAGUCGAAGAUUCUAAGAGGUAGAGAUGCAGAUGCUUCAGAUAAAGAUAAAGCGGAAAGUGAUGCCAAACUGAAAGAAUUAGGUGGAUUAGUCAGCAAAUUUAUCAUUAGAAGAACAAACGAUCUCUUGUCGAAAUAUUUGCCGGUCAAGUACGAGCAUGUGGUGUUUUGCAAACCGUCACCAUUACAAGAAAAGUUAUACAACCUAUUUGUUACGUCAAAAGACGUUCAGCGUCUUCUACGAGGAAAGGAUUCUCAGCCUCUCAAAGCUAUCGGCCUGCUUCGAAAACUAGUCAACCAUCCCGAUUUAUUGAAUCUACCUGAAGAUCUACCUGGAAGUGAGAACGUCUUACCGGAUGAUUAUCAUGGAAAAGGCAGAGAUAGGACUCUAGAUUGCAGCUAUUCAGGGAAAUUUGUGGUUCUCGAAAGAAUGUUGUCUCAUAUACGCAAUCAUACAAAUGAUAAGAUCGUCCUCAUUAGUAAUGCGACCCAAACUCUAGAUUUGAUGGAAAAGCUAUGUCGUAAUAACAGGUAUGGCUACCUCCGACUUGAUGGAUCGAUGUCAGUACCCAAACGAUCCAAGAUCGUGUCCCGAUUCAAUGAUCCGGAAGGAAAGGAAUUCGUUUUCUUACUAUCAUCGAAAGCCGGUGGUUGUGGUAUCAAUCUUAUUGGGGCCAAUCGAUUGGUUCUUUUCGAUCCGGACUGGAAUCCUGCCAGUGAUCAACAAGCGCUUGCAAGAGUAUGGCGAGAUGGUCAAAAGAAGGAAUGUUUCGUUUACAGGUUCCAGACUACCGGUACCAUUGAAGAAAAGAUCUUCCAGAGACAAUGCCAAAAGCAAAACUUAUCUGCUUGUGUGGUAGACGAGGCCGAAGACACAGCUCGACACUUUACGCAAGACGACCUGAGGCAAUUAUUCAAAUUCAACGCCGAGACAGCUUGUGAUACCCACGAUACAUAUAAGUGCAAAAGAUGUAGAGAUGGUAAACAAUUCGUCAAAGCACCCGCACUAUUAUACGGAGAUACCAGCACCUGGAAUCACUACCGCAAUGCAGAAUUGGGUAAAAUGCACGAUGAUCUACUUCGAGCAGAACUGGGCUUACCAGAAGUCUCUAUGGUGUUCCAAUAUAUAUCUCAUUAG